CAGCCGUCGAAACUUAUAUUCGGAGGGUGACGGCAAAAGGAAAAUCUCUGGGCAGGCGUGGACCAGAACCAGCCCACCAGCGUGCUCCAGGCACAUGUCCGAAUGGUGGAACGUGAUAAGCCAAAAGCAGGUCUGGGUAGCGGAGAAGAUCCAACGUACUACUUAGUGUGGCGGGUUCCACUGGGCCUCCGGAGUCGAGGCUGCCGUGUCAGUGGUGAAUGGCAGGCAACUCUGCCCCAUUUUGCCCAGAACCACCUUCUGGUGCAGGGCCAAGCAACCCUAGAAGCGGGUGAAACUUCCCACGAGCCUCGAAAGCAUAAUUUUAUUUUCGCUUUUUUUAUUUUCUUUUUCUUUUUACUCUGUGUGUGCCGGGGUUCUGUUCAUUCUCACAACAGCCCAACACAACAGCACACUGGGGGGAUGGUAACACUGCAGAACGCAGAGGUAAGCUUCUUCUUUAGGGUCUGAACACCCACCACGAGCACAACAUCAUUCUGUCUCCCCUUACUUGCAGUAUUGGAGAUGGAUCUCGUGGUUUCUUGCCUAAUCGACAUUAGUCCAUGAC